ACCCCCCUUCUGCUCGCCUCACCGCGGAACUCAAAACACAGCUCGAGGUUCAAACCUGAGCUGGAAACAGUAAACUUAAAACUUGCGGUCGCCGUCGCCUCCACCUUCCCCUUCACUCUCGGAUUACAGCGGUGCGUCACGGACAUUUCGCUCGCGAUAAUCUUCUCAGAAGCGAAGUUACCUAAGAUCUGACUUCGGCAGGUACAAGAACAGGGAUGGUGAACCUGGUGACAGUCACUUGGUCUGAAGUAUAAAUGUGCUGAUAAGGCGUUUUUAUAAGUGUGCAGUCGGUGACACGACGACAGAGCCGCCGCGCCACGCUGUCACUCUGAACCUGGCAACUGUGUAAGUUAACUGCAAGAUGAGUUCAGAAGAGCAAACCACACCACUGUCUCCCAGAACAUCACCUGCCACACCAAGCAUGACACCAUUUACACAACGGAAAGAGAGUAACUCCUCAUCAGAAGACAACAGACAGGGCAGCUGGGAAGUGGUUGAAGAAUUGCGGGUAUUGACAGAAAAUAUUCAAGAGCCUGAAAAGCAGGAAGGUUUGCUGUUGAAAAAGAGGAAGUGGCCAAUGAAAGGCUGGCAUAAGAGAUAUUUCCUGCUUGAAAGGGGCAUCCUUACAUAUGCCAAGACUGGGACUGAUCUAAAGAAGGGGCGGUUACGAGGUCGCAUUGAUGUUGGUCUCUCUGUCAUGGCCAUGAAGAAGAAGUCAAUGUGCAUCGACUUGGACACAGAGGACAGUAUCUAUCACCUCAAGGCAAAGACUCGGGAUCUGUUUGAAAAGUGGGUGACGCAACUACGUCAUCAUCGAAUGUUCCGUCAGAACGAGAUCGCCAUGGAGCCUCCCGAGCAACAACUGCAAUCUGACCCCGUCUCCAACAGACUACGUUCAUUUCACUCCAAGCAGCCUUCAGCCCUGUUGAAGAACAGCUGGCGCCAAAACUCGCAAGACAUGGAGAAGUGCUGCAAAGAUCUUUCAGAGUGUGAGUCAUCGUUGCUGGAAUUAAAUCUUCUUCUGAAAAAUAUGGAAGUUCUUCACCGAGCAUUCUCAGCACCCGCCAUUAACUUUCUGCAGACUGAAGUGUCCAAAAAAGAGAAACGAGGACACAAAAAAUGGAGAUCAAAGAAUAAUAGCAAGGAAAAUAAAAGCACACUACAGCAGAAUCCUGACACUUCAUCUUCCCGUCUGCACGUAUCUCAUCCAAACUUGGUAUAUUCAGAGCCUGUUUCACCAGACUCAUGCCUGGAUAGUCCAGACUCACCCACAGAAGCCUCUCGGAUGCAGGAGGAGUUCUGUCGGCUCGCUGGCACUGUUCAUUCCACUCUUAGGUCAGCAUACACUUCCCUUUGCGCAGAAAGAGACAGAGUCAGGAACACGUUAGAUUGUAUCAAUGAGAAGGAUGUCCUUGAUGGGUCACGUCCUCUGCUGCAGCAAGUGUCCAGUGAGAGUCGAGGGUCAAUCCCAGAGUCCUUGUCAGAGUUCUUUGAUGCUAAAGAGUAUCUGCUGUCUGGCAGCUCAUCUGAGAAUGAGGUGUCUGAUGAUGAUUCGUACGUCAGUGAUGUGAGUGACAGCACAUCAGUAGAGUUUUGCAGGAAUGAGAAUGGCAGCGUGAGGGAGAAUUUUGUGUCUUCAGGUAAUGGCAACGAAAGUGCAGUGAUGAGGCGAGGCCGUUUGCCAAGUGCACGCAUGAACGAGAGCGUGAAUCUGUGGAGUAUUCUGCGCAGUAACAUCGGUAAAGACCUGUCGAAAGUGGCUAUGCCCGUCCAACUCAAUGAACCCAUGAACACUCUGCAGAGACUGUGUGAGGAAGUUGAGUACUGCCACCUGCUGGACACCGCUGCAAACACACGUGACCCACACAUGCGCAUGGUAUAUAUUGCAGCAUUCGCUGUGUCAGCCUAUGCAUGUUCAUUCACUAGAGCAGGAGGAAAACCCUUUAAUCCUAUACUUGGAGAGACAUACGAGUGUCUCCGGUCAGAUAAGGGCUUCCGCUUCAUUGCUGAACAGGUCAGUCACCAUCCACCUGUGUCCGCUUGUCACUGUGAGUCCAAAAACUACACAUUUUGGCAAGAUAUCCGUUGGAAGAAUAAGUUUUGGGGAAAAUCUAUGGAGAUUGUUCCCAUGGGAAUCACUCACUUAGAGUUGCCAGGUUUUGGGGAUCGUUAUGAGUGGAGUAAGGUUACUUCAUGCAUUCAUAACAUUCUAAGCGGUCAGCGCUGGAUCGAGCACUACGGGGAAAUGUCAAUCAAGCACUCAAACACCAUGGGAGAUGUCAGUCAUUGCAAAGUCACUUUCCUUAAGUCGAGAUCUGGAGGUCUGAAUGCUAAUGAGGUAGAGGGUGUGGUCACUGAUUCAGAGGGCCGUGUUAUUCACUCUCUGGUUGGCAAAUGGAACGAGGCCUUGUACCUGGGAAAACCUCCCUCAGCAACCUGCAUCUGGAGAGCAAAUCCUAUGCCUGAAGACCAUGAGCAGUACUAUGGAUUCACCCAGUUUGCAAUUGAGUUAAAUGAAUUGGAGGAGGGUUUAAGGCCGCUCUUGCCCCUGACAGACACUCGUUUUAGACCAGACCAAAGAUUACUUGAAGAGGGUGAUAUUGCCGGAGCAGAAGAACAGAAAGAAAGAAUUGAAGUCCUCCAAAGAGAGAGGAGGAGAGUCCUGCAAGAAAAUAACAUGACACAUUCCCCCCGAUUUUUCAAACGUGCUGAAGACGACUCGUGGGUGAGCAAUGGCACUUAUUGGGACCUCAGGAAGGACCCUGGAUUCGGCAAACUAGAAUUUCCUGUACUCUGGUGACCACCAGUGGAUUUACGUCAUUGACUUUUCCGUUUCUGCUCUGGCUGUAUAUAGAUCCUUGAACAGUGUGGGCUUUUAAUGUACUGUCCUUAUUUUGAUGUUUUUUGUAUUGGUAUUUAUCUUUGUUGAACAGACAUUUAUAGGACAAUAUAGAAAGUAUCUCUAGAAACGCAUCAAUGCCUUACUUGUCAAACUGCCUCACUGAUGUUUAGAUGCAAAUGCACUGACCAAUGACUUCUGUAAGUGCCUGGAUAUAAUUGGUGUAUUUAUAUUUAAUAAGCAAAGUAAAAAGCAAAGUUGAAAAAAAAAAAAAAAAAGGUUAACUAAUCAGAUCAAUUUAAACAUUCCUGUAAUCUGAUCAAUUUAAACAUUCCUCUAAUCAAACAAUUAAUUAAUAAAAUAAAUUAAUAUUAAGAUUGAUUUAGAAUCUUAAAGACAAACACUUAAGUUAACCCUAAAAUAAAUAAGAAAUAAUUUUUGCAAAUGAAGCUUAUUUUUGGACCAUUGUGAUUUUUCUUUUUUUUUCUUUUUUUUCUUUGCAUUGUUGUUUAUUGUCAUUCUCAUUACUGUAAUCUGAAAAAACAUGGUGUAUUUAAAUUGCAGAGUGUUCAUACAACAUGGUAGUAUUUGUUGUACUGCCUUUUAUUAUUAUUUUUUAAUCAGCACAAAAUAUUGAAUAAGAAAUCAGUACUAUUACAAUAAUGAGAAUUUUGGGAUACUUAAUUAUCAUGAAAUAUUGCAAUAAAAAAAAAAAAUCUUGGUCCUAAAACACUUUUAUGCAAAAUAUAAUUUCUUAUUUAUACCUUUUUUUUUUUUUCUUGAAUAACAAUGUAACCUAGACUGAAUAGUUUAAAGAGAUUCACAUCAGGGAAGUUUGCACUAUAUUCUUUGUUUAAAAGCCACAAUUCAUCAAUUGCUGACUCAGACAAUGCACUCAGGCAUUACCAUGGAAUAUAGAAAUAAAAAAUAUAUAUAUACAUAUUUUUGCACAGGGAUUUAUCUUUCUUUAAAGGGAUAAUAAUAGAAAAUAAUGGAACAAUAUAUAAAAUGUUUAAAAGAAAUUGUCUAAAUGAAUGGAUUGUGUUGUGUACAUGCUUGUCCUCCUUUUUUGUGUUGUGUGUGAAAGAGAGAGCGAUAGUCUAUAUGUGCUCAUGUGGUAUGCCUGUUACACAACUGUUGUCCUGUUUCUGUGAAGUGUGGGUGUGGUGUUUAAGAUGCGAUAAACACAAAAUUUCCUUUCUUGGUCAAUGACAUACCAAGACUUUAAACAGAUCUGGGACUUUUGCUUUCAGAGGAUUGAAAACGGACUGCAUCAGUGUAUGACUGACCACAUGUUUGGCUUGCACAAUAAAUGUACUGAGCACAAAUCUAA